AUGGAGACAUGGAAUCACACUUCCAGUGAUUUCAUUUUGUUGGGUUUGUUUCCCCCAAAUCAAACUGGUUUGGUGCUUCUACUCCUUAUUAUCUUUAUAUUCUUUCUCGCCUCACUUGGAAACUCAACUAUGAUCCACCUUAUUCACGUGGAUCCCCGACUCCACACUCCAAUGUACAUUCUCCUCAGCCAGCUCUCCCUCAUGGAUCUGAUCUCCAUUUCCAGCACUGUCCCGAAGAUGGUAUUCAACUUCUUCUCUGGUCAAAAAAGCAUCUCCUUCCUUGGAUGUGGGUUACAGUGCUUCUUCUUCGCAACUAUGGCAUGUUCUGAGGGUUUACUCCUGUCCUCCAUGUCCUAUGACAGAUAUGUGGCCAUCUGUCACCCCCUCCAUUAUCCUAUCCGCAUGAAUAAAAGGGUGUGUGUGAAGAUGAUGAUAGGAUCUUGGAUCUUGGGGGCUGCCAAUUCCUUAGCACACACCGUCUACACUCUGCAUAUUCCAUACUGCCAGUCCAGGGCCAUUGAUCACUUCUUUUGUGAUAUCCCAGCCAUGAUGACUCUGGCUUGCAUGGAUACCUGGGUCUAUGAGUACUUGGUUUUUGUGAGCACAUGUCUAUUUCUCCUCAUUCCUUUUCUUGGAAUCACAGCUUCCUAUGGUAGAGUGCUUUAUGCUGUCUACCAUAUGCGCUCCAAAGAGGGAAGAAAGAAGGCCUUCACCACCUGUUCCACACACUUAACCGUGGUGACAUUUUACUAUGCACCUUUUGUCUAUACCUAUCUCAGGCCUAAGACUCUCCGCACCCCAGCAGAAGAUAAGAAACUGGCAGUUGUAUAUGCCAUUCUGACCCCAAUGCUCAAUCCCAUUAUCUAUAGCUUGAGGAAUAAGGAAGUCCUGGGAGCCAUGACAAGAGCGUUUCCAAUAUUAUUUUCCAAGAAGGAAUAA